AUUUUCUGCUUUCAAAUAUCAUACAAAAUCCCUCGUUGAAGAACGACACGGAGAGUCUCAGACAUCGCCGAACGCAAGCGAUCUCUCCCAAAAACGAGAGAUCGAACGAAUUAUUUCUCUCUUCCUUCUUCUUGAUCGAUCGGUUCUUUUGCCAGCUUUCGCAUAUUCUGUGCCCUAGAAAAUGCUUCCUCUUUCUCUACUCAAGACAGCACAAGGCCACCCUAUGUUGGUGGAACUGAAAAAUGGGGAGACCUACAAUGGACAUUUGGUUAACUGUGACACUUGGAUGAACAUCCAUCUCCGUGAAGUCAUAUGUACCUCUAAGGAUGGAGAUAGGUUUUGGAGAAUGCCCGAAUGCUACAUCCGUGGAAAUACGAUUAAGUAUCUUAGAGUUCCUGAUGAGGUGAUUGAUAAGGUUCAAGAAGAGACCAAGAGCCGUGCUGAUAGGAGGCCACCUGGUGUGGGGCGUGGAAGAGGAAGAGGAAGAGAAGAUGGUUCCAAAGCAAAGGGUAUUGGUCGUGGCGUAGACGAUGGAGGUUCUAAAGGCGUGGGUGGAGGUCGAGGUAGGGGUGGGGUUGGUGGAAAGAAUGCCGGAAACAGAGGUGGAGGGCGAGGCCGAUGAUACAAAGCCGAGGGCUGGUUUGUGGCUUUUAGAGGCAUCUGGCUCCACCUAUGCAUGAAGUGACGUGGUUAAAAAUUACCUUUUGUGCAUUCAUUUUUUGUGGAAUGCUAUAUUUAUAUAUUGACAGAAACAGGUUGAGUUGGCUUGGAAUGGUCAGUGAGAGAAGGUUGAUUUUGGAGGAAUAUAUAGGUAUUACUGUGGAAGGACUCCCCUUUUCUGUCUAAUAGAUUCUGAAACUUGUUUUGAACAAAACAUCAAGAUCACAAGGAUGAGUUGCGUUAUUGGUUUCUACAAUUCCUUGCUGUAAACAGUUCCUGUGUUUUAUUGUGGUGUGCCUAGUUAAAGGUUUGACAUAAGGUCCUUUUAAUCAUUUUAUCUUGUUUAGUGAAUGGUGUCAUUGUUUUGAAACUAACAUGACAUCAAACAUAAUCUGUUGCAUGAGCCUGUUUUGUGGGUUCCACAAUGUUGCUUUUAUUUGUG